CGGAAGUGUUGCAUUGUGGGGUUCAUUUCGUUUGUCGCUAACCGAAUGGUUGAAGUAAUGAAUUAAGAGCUUUGGCCGCUUAAAAUUUCUGCACCGUGCUUUAGCUGAACAAGCGCGGCGUUUAUUGGUUUACCCAGGCAGCUUGAGAAUGAACGAUCGGAGUUGAAUCAUGAUUAUAAGGCGCACAGGAACAGCAGCAGCACUGAUGUGUGGAUGUGGAGAGUCAGCGUAAACUGAUCAACCGAAAGGUACUGACUCCUCUCAUCCUCCAAACACUUACACUCCCUGCAUUUGAAUUGAAAGCUAUACUCAAAAUUACACUCUGUCGGACAGUGUUUUAGCGAGCUACUAUAAGAAAGCCGACCAGAUCAUCUGAAUCUCCACACAAAGCCGUUGCUGUGGGUGUAUCAUCAUUAAUACCCCAUUGAACCUCCUCGCCUGGUUUCGAUUCCCUUUAAACUCUGAAGCAUCUCGGCAGCUCAUCCCUCAUGGCCUCUUCAUCGGGGAACGACGAUGACCUGACGAUCCCGAGGGCGGCGAUCAAUAAAAUGAUUAAAGAAACGCUUCCCAAUGUGCGAGUAGCGAACGAUGCCAGAGAGCUGGUGGUGAACUGCUGCACAGAGUUCAUUCACCUCGUCUCAUCAGAGGCCAACGAGAUCUGCAAUAAAUCAGAGAAGAAGACUAUAUCCCCUGAACAUGUUAUAAACGCACUUGAAAGCCUAGGUUUUGGUUCAUACAUCGCAGAAGUAAAAGACGUUCUGCAGGAGUGUAAAACUGUAGCACUUAAGCGGAGAAAGGCCAGCUCCCGACUAGAGAACCUUGGCAUUCCCGAGGAAGAACUUCUACGUCAACAGCAGGAAUUAUUUGCCAAGGCACGGCAGCAGCAGGCUGAGUUAGCACAGCAGGAGUGGUUACAGAUGCAGCAGGCCGCCCAGCAGGCACAGUUAGCGGCGGCUUCAGCCAGUUCCGCUCAGCAGGCCGGAUCUUCCCAGGAUGAAGAUGAAGAGGACGACAUGUGAAUCCUGGCAGGCUUUCUCCGAAGCACACAGAUAGAUUGACAAAUAUAUAUAUAUAUAUAUAUUUACAGACAUGUACGGUCUCCCACACACACACACACACACUGUCCUCCGUAAACCUUAGCAGAGAAGGAACUCUGCAGUGUUGUCUCCUUUAUGGACUUUUAAAUCCCAGAUGAACAGUAUAAAUUCAUGCUGACGGUUCAGGGGCAGUCAUGGGUGCUCUCCUGUGAUUUGUUGCUUCGUUUGCCUCGAUUCACUUGUUAACUAGAAUUAUUAGCUCUUGAAAAUCCCUCUUUUCUUUCUCAUUUGUUUCUGAUUUAAUUAAAGGCAGUUGUCAUCGUUUCACUAUGUGUGUGGGAAGGAUGCUAAGUCAUGUGAUGUGGCUGUGAUGUAAGUUGCACCAUGUUAAUAGUCAUUGGUUAAAUUCAGGAGCUGCUGUUUUGAAUGGCUGCGUCCUGUUUUAGGCGAUUUACGUAUUUCUCUUAUAUUUGUCUUUGUUAUAUAGUUUGAAGAGACACAAUUGGGGAACAUUUUUGGAAAGUGACUUUUACAGCCGUUCAUCCCCGCUUCCGUAUUUCUCUUUGUUCUGCUGAGUGAGAUCAGAGAACGUGAUUUGUAAUGUAGGAUGUUGCUUUUUGGUUCAUUUUAGUUCGAGUGAGGAUAAAGAUUGUGUAGAUAGGCUUUUACCUGCCCUGUGUUCAGAACAGUAUUCCAAGGAAAAGAUUUACAUGUGCAGAAUAAAAUCUGUCUUAUAGUACCAAAGAUAGAAGAAACUAUAAAAAAAAAUUCAGUCACCAGAUAGGCUUUGGAAAUCUGCUCAUGGUAUUUGCUCUCUGUAUGAUACGAGUGCUUUGGUGCAGAUUGCGCUGAACGCUCUUACUUACACUUUGUACAAUGUUUUGAUAGCAGAUUUUUUUUUACAGGUGCAAUGUGUAAAAGUGGAGUUGUGAAUGUGUGGUUAAUUCAUAUCCUGUGAUGACUGGUAAGGUGUAGUUGAGAAGCGUAUUCACAUGCCUUUGCAAAAGCUGUAAGCUGUAUUCUCUAAGCAAUAAAGUCAACCCGUUUUAUAGACA